AUGUCGAAGAGAACAGUCUUCACCACGAUUACUCCCUUGCCCGGAGGUAUCACGCGCGAAACGGUUCUUGAAACCCUCCACGAUCACAUCGAGAUGAUCGAUCUCAACCCGCUUGUGGUGGAGCGACAUCCGAUCAAACCACCAAACAACGCCGACGCCGAAGAGUAUCAUUGCACUUGGUACAGCUUGACAGACAAAGUGUCCUACUUGCCCGGAGGAGUAGUGACGGGAAAGGUCACCUAUAAUGCCUGCUUCCAUGAUCUCGCACUCGGGCUUCAGACUCAUGUUUAUGCGCCGAUGGGAUUAAACAUAAAAGGAAAAUGGACCUUGGGAGGAUCACUGCCUGGAGAACCCGUCGCGCCAGUUGAGUUGGGAGUUGGAGCGCCAUUAUCUGGGCUCUAUUUGAGGGAGGAUGUCGAUAUGAAGUGCAAUAUCAUGAUGACAGGGUUUGUGAAGAAGACAUUGAAAAAAGCACAUUCGGCUCUUGUCUCGAGGGUUCUAGUCAGGGCCCAAAUAGUUGAGGCAUCUAUGGAAAAUGAAAGACUUGCUCGCGCUCCUUCUGUUAGCCAGCCUUCUCUCAGCCGACAAUCCACUGGAUUCUCCCAGCACUCGAGCCGGGAUAGCAAUAGAGAAUCGCAAUUAGGACUCGGUCUUGGUGGUCUUGGUGGACUUCGCAACAUCGGCCCUGUUGGACCCCAAGGUGGCCGUUUUGAUGACCAGUCCUCUAAUAGAGACGAAAAGUCCGCUGCUCACGACUCUGCUCUCUACCCGAAACCACUAAGCACACGAAGCGCUAGUCCGUCCGCCUCAAUGUCAGGUAGCCAGCAGAAUGGCCGAGCCUCAUACCAAAGCUCCCUAGCAGGCGGACCAAAUGCAGGCCCACGAGUAUCAUGGAACCACCUCGGUAACCCAAGAAGUCCACCUCUGAACCAAGACCAAGGAUAUCAAAAUGCCAAUCCGCACGCCUAUGGUAAUCCUAACGAGCAAGCACAAUAUCAGAAUGCCAAUCCGCAUGCUUACGGCAAUCCUCACGAGCAAGCACAAUAUCAAAAUGCGCCUCCGGCCUACCAGAACCACUUCGGGGGACCGAAUGAGCAAAAUAUGGCGUAUCGUCAAACAAGCCAGCAAUAUGGACAAGCUGAGCAAUAUCAACAUCCAGAACAACAACGCCCAGCGCAGCCGUAUCCGGGUCAGCUUGGCCGUCAACACACCCAGCCUUACCCAGAAGACAAUCACGUUGUGAACUUCAGUCACCCACACGAAAUGCCCGCGCAUCAGUCACAACGUCCACAUCCACAACAAUCUCAACAUCCACAACAUCCAGUAGAAAUGGAAUAA